AUGGGGGGAGAUUCACGUGCGUUGUCUUCUUCCCAUAAGCCUUUCGAUAAAAUUUUAAAGGUUGGAAUUUUCCCGAAACCGCGUCGGAGACUCGAAAGGACAAAGCGGGCCCGAGUCGACUCAAUCUCUCUACGAAACUUUCGAAAUUUGUCUCCACUUCACUCUCAACCACCGCCACCGCCACCGCCGCCGCCGCCGCCGCCGCCGCCGCCGCUGCAAUGGGCUCCUCGGAGGCGGCGCUCCUCCGCUCCCUCCCCUCCUCCUCCUCGCCUCCCUCUCGCUUCUCUGCUCCCUCCCUCCACCGCCUUGGGCUUCAACUGCUCCAACUCCUCCGCCGCCGCCGCCACGUGCCAGUCCCUCGCCGGGUACGUCUCCCCGAACGCCACCACCCUCGCCGCCGUCCAAGCCCUCUUCGGCGUCAAGCACCUCCGCUCCAUCCUCGGCGCCAACAGCCUCCCCCUCUCCACCCCCGCCAGCUUCAACGUCAGCGCCAACCAGACCGUCGUCGUCCCCUUCAACUGCUCCUGCUCCAACGCCACCGGCGUCUCCAACCGGCGCCCCGUCUACACCGUCCGGAGCGGCGACGGGCUGUACCACAUUGCCCGCGAGGUCUUCUCCGGCCUGGUUGUCUACCAGGACAUUCAGCAAGUGAAUAGGAUCGCCAAUGAGAGCUUUAUUGAGAUUGGUCAGAAGCUGUGGGUCCCCUUGCCCUGCAGCUGCAACGACGUGGACGGCGAGGAGGUGGUCCACUACGCGCACGUCGUGGCCGCCGGGAGCUCCGUGGCGGCGAUAGCGGCGCAGUUCAACGUGUCUCAGAGCACGCUGAUGGACAUCAACGGGAUUGCCGACGUUGCGAGCCUUCAGGCCGGGCAGGUUCUUGAUGUUCCUCGCAAAGCUUGUUCAUCUGCAAUAAGGAAUGACUCGCUGGACUCCUAUUUACACGUUGCUAAUGGAACUUAUGUCUUCACCGCUAACGAUUGUGUGAUGUGCACCUGUGACGCAGCAAAUAACUGGACAUUACGUUGCCAGCCAUCCCAGCUUAAGCCAUCUAAUCAGUCGGCUUGCCCCUCAAUGCAAUGUGAGGGUUCAAAUUUACUCCUGGGCAACUCAACUUCGACAUCUUGUAACCACACGUCCUGUGCCUAUGCUGGUUAUAUGAACCAGACUAUUCUAACAGUGCUUGUCAACGAUAACACUUGUCCAGUUUCAAAUAGCUUCGCCAUGAAGGACAGUUUCCGGGCAUUUAGCUGGAACUUCUUCCUGAUUUUGAUCUUGCCCCUGCUCUCUUUCCAUCAUAUUCAGUGAUGACAUUUGUAUCAAAGACUGUCACUCUCGAUGCUUACUUCUAUGUCUGUCACCUUCAAUACACGCCGGUACGUCUGUAAGUGUUGCGCAUGUCACAGAGAUGUGAGGUGCCUGUUUUAUCCUUUGGCGCUUCUGUACCAUAGAAUUGUAGCUUCCCUUGUUCCAAUGGAAAAAUUCGAUUCUUCUUUUUGGGGGUUCCAUUCUUAGAUGGCUAGAAUGUUUGCUAGUUUAGAUGGCCUGGAGUUGUGCAAUGUUGAAACUCUAUUGCACCUUCAAGAAUUUGAUGUUGUUGUUGCCAA